AAAAUGAAAGAAAAAGUUUAUAGCUUGGAACGAAUGGAGGUUAAAGCCAACGGCGACGAUACACAAUCGUCGGUAACAAUUGAACGUUGCAAUAAAGAGAGUGGGAAAACUGAUGAAAACGAACGUGCAAAUUGGUCAAAUGGACUUGAGUUUUUAAUGUCCUGCAUAUCCAUGUCGGUCGGACUGGGCAACGUGUGGCGAUUUCCUUUUACCGCAUAUGAAAAUGGUGGAGGCGCCUUCCUAAUACCCUACAUAAUUGUCCUAAUUGUCAUAGGUAAACCCAUGUAUUAUCUAGAAAUGUGCCUGGGACAAUUUACCAGCAAAGGUUCCGUCAAAAUUUGGUCUAUUUGUCCUGCGUUUUUAGGUGUAGGAUAUGGCCAGGCUGUGGGUACAAUGUGCAUUAUAACCUAUUAUUCAUCGCUCAUCGCUCUAACUCUUUAUUAUAUGGGAAUAUCAUUUCAAUCAGUAUUACCAUGGACUUUCUGUCGUGAUAGUUGGGAGGAAGCCUGUGUAGACUCAUUACCCAAGGAUCAAAUGCCAAAUACGACAAGGAAGCUACAAAGUAGUUCAGAAUUGUACUUUGUCAAAGAAGUUGUUAAAGAGAAAAAUCAAAUUGAUGAUGGCAUAGGAUUACCGGAUGUGAAUUUAACUAUUUGCCUAUUUGUCUCGUGGGUUAUCAUUUUCUUGGUUAUACGACGUGGUGUGAAAAGUUCCGGUAAAGCAGCUUACUUUCUGGCUAUUUUUCCCUAUGUGGUCCUAAUUGCUCUACUAGUCCGUAGCGUAACUUUGGAGGGAGCCAAAGAUGGUAUUUUAUUUUUCCUCAAGCCAAACUGGAGUGAAUUGCUUAAUCUAAAAGUAUGGAAGGAGGCUGUUGUCCAGUGUUUCUUCUCCCUGGCAGUUGGCCUUGGACCAGUUAUUAUGUUUUCCUCCUAUAACAGAUUUGAUCACAAUAUUUAUAGAGACGCAUUAAUUGUCACUGGUUUGGAUACGAUAACAAGUUUGAUAGCAGGGAUAACAAUUUUCGGAAUUCUUGGAAAUUUGGCUCACAACCUCGGCAUAGCAGAUAUUAAAGAGGUGGUAAAGGGUGGAACAGGGCUAGCGUUUAUAUCAUAUCCAGAUGCUAUAGCGAAAUUUCAGGCCGUACCACAAGUCUUCGCCGUAUUAUUCUUCUUCAUGUUGUUUGUAUUGGGCGUUGGCUCCAUAGUAGCCUUACAGAGCGCGAUUGUAACGAUCAUUUGUGAUCAAUUCAAAUCUAUUCAGUUCUGGAUUGUAGCUCUAAUAACAUCCAUUUGCGGCUUCCUAUUGGGCUUAGUUUAUAUAACGCCGGGAGGACAAUGGAUAUUAAAUUUAGUAGAUUUUUAUGGUGGCACUUAUGUGAUAUUUGUCCUGGCUAUAUUCCAGUUAGUGGGCAUUGUUUGGCUAUAUGGUUUACAGAAUCUUUGUGAUGACAUUGAAUUCAUGACUCAUAGAAAGGUUACAAUCUAUUGGCGGUUGUGUUGGUCAUUUCUAACACCAGUAAUGAUGCUAAUUAUAUUCAUUUAUUCUAUGUUAAAUAUUGAAGCUCUUACGUACAGAGGAUAUGUUUAUCCAAAAUCGGCUGAGGUGGCUGGAUGGAUACUCUUUGCGAUAGGCUUAUCUCAAUUCCCUUUAUGGGCGUUAUGGUAUAUUCAAUCCCAUUACCAAAACAGUAUUACAACAACUAUUAAAGCUACUUUAACUCCUAGCGGCAAAUGGGGCCCAACCAAUUCAGAGACAAGGGCUAAAUGGUGCGAGUUUAAAAGCAAAUUGACGGAAGAGCGCCUUCGGCAAGCAAGCAGCAAAAAAAUGGGUUUCUUUUGGCAAAAAAUCUAUAAUAUAUUUGAUUUAAAAAAUUAAUUAAUUUAAAUAACACGAUAUAGUAAAGAUUUCUCCCUAAUAUUAGAUAAAAUAUAUGAGAUGUAAAGUUUGUUAAUAGCAAUAGUAAAAA